AUGCGUCUAAUCAAGUUCCUCCUGGCUGCAACGGCACUCGUAACUGGAUCUGAUGCUCGUCCUAUGAAGAUCCCCACAGACAACAUUGCUCGCAAAAGAGAUGCAGAUUUCCUCAGUGUGCGAACUCGCCUCACCAAGGACUACAGUGGAAAAGCCGGUGACCCAAAGGACAAGUACUUUCACGAAUCAACAUUCCACCCUCACAUGGACGGACGUUUUGGUGACAGAGUUUUGAGUUAUGAUGAUCGCCGCUCAAACCUCACCACACUCAUGCAAACAUAUCUUUCUACAAUGAACGACAUUGGAGCAGAAACCUGGAUCAUGCACGGUAGUCUUCUUGGAUGGUUCUGGAACAGAAAGAUCAUGCCUUGGGAUUCGGAUGUCGAUGUUCAAAUGACCGAAAAGUCAAUGGAGCACUUGAGCGACUUUUACAACAUGACCGUUCACCACUACAAGCUUCCCGCCUUCCCUGAAGGCCGCGAUUACAUGCUUGAAAUCAACCCACAUUGGAGAAACAGCAGUACGACUGAUAGACUCAAUGUUAUUGACGCUCGCUGGAUUGAUAUGAGCAAUGGCUUGUUUAUCGACAUCACCACACUCCAUCGCAACACAACUGCGGAAGCUCUAGGCAUCGAAGGAGCCAUGAUGUGCAAGGACAAGCAUCACUUCAAUUUCACCGACAUCUUCCCACUCCGUGAGAGUGUUUUCGAGAACACUCCCGUCAAAGUUCCAUACGCCUACACCGAUCUUCUUGCUGAAGAGUAUGGCUCCAAAGCAUUGGUCAAGACAACCUUUGAGAACCACCACUUCGAUCAGCAAACAAUGGAAUGGAUUCCACUUUCGUAA